GUCAUCAUUUCAUACUUCAAAUAUUUCAUUAAUUAUUCAAAAUUUUCCGUACUAUUUUUCAAAAACAUUUCCCAAAAUUAAAAGUAGUUCACAAUGUAAGUUCUGGUGAUGAAAUUAGAUUUGCACAUUCCAAAUUCAAACUUCCCGCAACUAAAAUGGAGAUUUCUGCACUAACCACCAAGUUCGAUCCCAGCUGUCAGACUGACAGCACACGUCGUCUUUAUUCUAGGUUAGAAGCAAUGGCAAGAAAUUUUGUAAAAGAAAUAAAAGAGUUAAAUAAAACGUACGUUCAUAUUAAAGACCCGGAAAAGUUGAACGCUAAACUAAAUGGUAUAAUUAAUGACGGUUUCCAACAAUUGCAAGUAGUGUCAGACUUUGACCAAACACUUACUAAACAACACGAGAAUGGCAAACGACACAAAAGCAGUUUUCGCAUUUUUGAGUGCUGUCCUUCAGUUACCGAGCAAUAUUUGGAAAAGACAAAUGCGUUAACCGAAAAAUACUUCCCUCUUGAGUACGACCCCAAUAUUUCAGAGGAGGAAAAACGUAAAUUGAUGGAAGAGUGGUGGCUGCAAUCAGAAAAAAUUCUUUGUGGUUUAACAGUCAGUUGCAAAGAAAUUGAUGAGGCAGUAGCCAAAGCGGGAAGUUCUUUACGUGAUGGCACUAAGGAUCUCUUUCAAGCCCUGCAGAGUCAGGAUGUGCCUAUCCUAGUUUUCUCAGCCGGUCUAGGAAACAUUGUAGUUUCUGUUUUGAAAAACCAAAAUGUGUACUUACCAAACGUUAAAGUCAUUUCGAAUUUUUUGAAAUAUGAUGAGAGCGGAACGAUUGAGGGAUUCACAGGUCCGCUGAUACAUGUUUUAAACAAGAAUGAAUUUGCAAUUAAAAAUACGGAAUAUUUUGAUUUAGUCAAAAAUCGUAAUAACGUUAUUUUGUUGGGAGACUCGCUUGGCGACGCUAAAAUGGCAGAUGGCAUGGCUCAUGCUAACUAUGUACUAAAAAUAGGCUUUAUCUAUGAGAAGAUUGAAGGCAAUUUGCCCGCAUAUAUGGACACUUUUGAUAUAGUAUUGGAAGAUGACCAAACUAUGGACGUUAUAAGAGCCAUAAUUAAUUUAAUCAAAUGACUGGUGUAUACACAUUGUUUACUUAACUGAUAUUUUGAAAUAGAGGUCAAAUCAUCUUUGAUCUAUUUUUAGUCAAAUUAGUUCCCAAGAAUUAUUUAUGCUUAAAAAACAUUGUUUUUGCAAAAAAAAAACAAUGGAACAUAGGAGUGCUCUUUUGUUGUAUAUUUUUACACAAAUUUAAUUUGCUGACUAAUUAUUUACAUAAUUAUACAGUCGAAACUUUGAUACUAUGAUACUUGAUUUUUAAGGUCAAGAAAUUUAUUAUUAUCAAUCUCACAAUGUUUCAUGUGAUGAUGUUUCACUUUUUAUGUUUUAUUGAACAAAUAAACAAGAAAAUGACA